UGAACCUCGGAGCCGAACCGGAGCCGCUCACAGAUCAGGAAGUAGAUGCUGACUUCACAUCAGUUCAGCGUGUGUGUGUGUGUGUGUGUGUACCCACUCUUGUCUCUGUCAGUGUGUAAAGUAUGUGGUGUGUGUCCAUCUCGCCCCCCCAGCCCACCAGCAUGUUCCCGUGUCCGUCACCGCCCCCUCUGAGCCCGUCAUGGCUCCUUCAGCUCCUCCUCCUGCUGCUUCUCUUCACUGACCCCGCCCUCACAGUGGGACGAGAGGAACCCGUCUCGAUCUCUCCACCAACCCCGACCAACUGCUUCAAGUGUAACGAUACUGUCAUCAAAGAUGAAAUAGGAGAUUCUUCAAACCCGUCUAGGAAUCAAUCUUCGUCUUCUGUCCCUCUGACCAACUCCACCUUACAGCCAGUCCCAACCUCUCAACACGUCCCUUCAUCCAACACCAUCGGGAGCAGAGCGGAGGACUCUGCAGGAACAGCUCCUUCACCAGCGUCCAAUCAUCAGGCAACACUGGAGAUGGCCACCAGCCCUCAUAACACCUCCACCACCAUCGAGCCGCCCGCUACCACCGCCGGCCUGACCACUCAGUCUUUGAGUCCAGUUUCUACGACAGCGGCAGGGACCAUACCCUUGACUUCUGCAACGACAGUAUCGACCAAAAUGUUGCCGACAUCACAACCAAUAAAAGUGACGGCAGCGCCUUCCACAAUCUCCACAGAAGCAGCAUCCCCUCCAGCUCCUGGAACCGCAGCCACUUCAUCCUCUCCAGCUUCUGAAACCACAAAACCUCCAGUUCCUGGAACCACAAAACCUCCAGCUCCUGGAUCCGCAGCCACUUCACCCUCUCCAGCUACUGGAACCGCAGCGGCUCCAGCUCCUGGAUCCGCAGCCACUUCACCCUCUCCAGCUACUGGAACCGCGGCGACCCCGACACCACUUCCUCGGGCAACCACGCUCACAAGUACGCUGCCAUCCUCAAGCGUGCCAACGCCGCUACGGAGUACCACAACACCAACCACCAAAGCUACAGCAGCUAGUGCCGUCGUAACCACUGACACCACCACCCCCGCCAAACCCGUGGUCUUGGUAACAGGCCUUUCAGGACUGGGAGCGGCCGGGGCGGCUCUGACCAGACACCUGGUGGACACGGCGUCCCUGCUGGCUGUCCUGGUCUUCGGACUGCUCUUCUUCCUGGCCACGGUAGCAGUGUUUGUAACGCAGGCGUACGAGAGCUACCGGAGGAAGGACUACACGCAGGUGGACUACCUGAUCAACGGCAUGUACACGGAUUCUGGCGUCUGACCGAGCGACGGGGGGG